AUGCACAUUCUUUUCCUCCUCCUGCCACCUUUGCUCUAUCUCCUCCUUCAUCUCUACAAAUCCCUAACCUCCCCCCUCCUAACUCUCCCCGGCCCAUUCUGGACUCGCCUCACAAAACUAUGGUACUUCAACCGCGUGCGCUCCGCGCACUUCGAAACCGAUAACAUCAACCUACACCAGAAAUACGGCCCCAUCGUGCGCAUUUCACCAAAUCAUUACAGCAUCGCCGAUCCCGCCGCCGUGAAGACCAUCUACGGAACGGGAACCAAGUUCACCAAAUCAGCCUGGUACGAGGGGUGGAAGCAUCCGAGUCCGGAGAGGUGGACUUUGUUUCCGGAUCGGGAUGUAAGACGGCAUGGUAAGCCUUGCUUUUCACUGGAUAUGGGAUGGGUUAAAUUUAUGGUUGUGGUUUAA